UUCCCCGCGUCGCGAAAAAUAUUUCUGUGAAUUUUUGCAUUUCAUUGUGUAGUCAAAAUUUGUGGUGUUAAUAGACGUCAAAAACGGAUCUUGUAAAUUUAUCUGGCAAUACGAGAAAGAUUUCAUUGAUUCAGCAAUGUACUCCACCAUAAAAAAUCCGAAGCCGCACGAUAUGAUGACGUGCCCGUACAAUAAGGCGCAUCAAGUGGAGCACUAUCGUAUGCAUAUCCACCUGCAGAAGUGCAGGAAGCAGUACCCCAACUGCUCCAAGACUACGUGCCCGUUCAAUGCUACCCAUGUUAUUAACGAUGCAGAAUUAGAUUACCACGUGUCGUCAUGCCCGGAUCGCUUCCUAUUCGAUACACAGAAGUAUAUAGUGGAAGACGAGGUGCCGCAACGAGAAAUGCCUCCUAUCCCAGUGGUGGAGUGCGAGGAAAACUGGGAAACUGAGCAAGCGGCGUCAUACGUUCCAGACACCACUGCUAAAUCUCACAUAAUUUCUAAAGUGAAAGGCGCCACGCCGUCGGAGCGGCGCCGCGCGCGGCUCGAGGGCGUGAAGAACUACCGCCCCCUCGACAACUGAAGCCACCGAGCUUCUUGCCCGUUCUUCUCAAGCUAGACCGGUCUGACAGCCCCAUUUAAAGCCGUAACAGACGGACGUAGAGGCCCGCGACCUUGGUCCGGUCAAAAUAUCUCUUUCUCGUCACUUAUAGCUGCGUUCUUUAGGCCCCGUUCGCACGGCAGCUUUUUCAACGCGCGUUAAAAAAGCGUUUGAAUGACACAAAUGGAUAACCAUGUAUGUAUUCACACGAAGGCGGUUUUUAAGCGCAGCGCUUUUUUAUCGAGCACUGUUCGAUUUUCGGCGUUGAGCGUUGGCGUCAAAUUGAAUAGAGCAUACGGAACUCCGUGUAUCUGUUCUCACAAGCGUUAAAAAAGCGCCGGCGCUGCUGUCAGUUGGCUGUCAAGUGUCCAGUUUUGGUGUCAAUCGUCAAGAUUAUUAUUAGUUUCACCUUAAAAAUGUCAACUUAUGCUUACAAAUUCCUGAAAUAUUCAAGCUAUAUUCAAAUAAUACGUCGUAAUAGCAAAUAAAGUAUGGCUUUGCUGAGAUGCGUACGUGGCAGUACGACUCGCAAGUGAUUUUUAAGCGUUCAUAUGAACACAAAUAUUGGAAACGGUAAAAAAGCGCCAACGUCGGGUUUUAACGCAACGCUUUUUAAGCUGUCGUGCGAAUGGGGCCUUAAGGCCCCAUCGUACGAGAGCUUUUUCAACGCGCGUUAAAAAAGCACUUGAAUCUGUCCCACUCUAAAUUCGAUUUAACGACCAACGCUCAAAGUCAAAAAUCCAACAACGCUUGUUAAAAAGCGCCACCGCCACCGUGUGAAUAAAUACACAUGUAUCCAUUUGUGUCCUUCUAACGCUUUUUUAACGCGCGUUGUAAAAGCGCUCAUGCGAAUGUGGCCUUAAGGACGUACGGCUGACCACCUUACACACGAUCGAACAGGGCUCGGACCGGAUCAAGGUCGCGGUCCGGUACGCCCGUCUGUUACAGCUUUAAUAUACAAACAAGGGGUUUAACACACUGCGCUGCGCAAAUCAGAAGUUACCGAAUACCACCAAAACGAAAGCUCUUGUCCUAAGUUCAAACAUGUAAUUUUUUUGUAUUCUAUGCUAAAUUGUAAUCAAUGUGUCUAUUUUAAAAAUAAACUGGAUGUUA